UAUAUAUGUUUACAGUUAUUGAAAAAGAAAUCUAAAAAUUCAACAGAUAGUCAACAAGACACUGUAGAACAAUCAACUGUAUUUACUGAUGAAGAUUUUGAAAACUUUGAAAGAGAAUAUAAUUUAAAAUAAUUGAAUUUAUCAUGUAUAGCAUCAUUUAUCUGAAAACCGAUCAACCAAAACAUUGGUGAAAGCAAAUUCAAAUUUCCACUAGUGCUGUGGUAUAGCAGCACUUUCCUUCUCCUGCCAACCAGCCUAUGUGACCAAACUUGUCACUUGUGACAAAUUGUGCUGUAUGUACUGUAGUUGUUGUUUUGUUGCAAUGGCAACUAAACGUAAACGCAUUGUUCUCAGUGUUUUCGAUAAAAUUAAAAUAAUAAACCAGUUGAAGAAUGGUGCUAGAGGAUCAAGCUUAGCUCGGGAAUAUGGAGUUGGAAAUGCCACAAUAUCGGACAUUAAAAAGAAUAGUGACGCCAUUAUAAAAUUUUCAAGUAUACUUGAUAGUGAAGAUGGAAGCGUGUACAGAAAAACAAUGAAAAUGGCAGAAAACCAGGAUUUAGACACUGCAGUUUACAUGUGGUACGUGCAGGUACGUAACCAAGGACAACCAAUAACUGGCCCUUUGAUUUGUAAAAAGGCUCUUGAAAUAAACAAGAAACUAGGGGGUAAUGAUGAUUUUAAAGCGACUAACGGCUGGCUUAUGCGUUUCAAAUCUAGGCACGGAAUUAGGCACUUUAACAUUCGGGGUGAAAAACUGUCAGCUGAUACUGAAAUAGCUGAACAGUUGAAAGAGUUUUUUAAAAACAUGAUUGAUCAGAAGGUCUACAAAAAAGCCAAUAUCUACAAUGCAGACGAAACUGGUUUGUACUGGAAGAAAAUGCCAACAAAAAGUGUAAUUUCUAAGAAUGAGAUGUCAGCACCUGGUUUUAAGGCAAGCAAAUCACGCGUCACUGUUAUGGUAUGCGGAAAUGCUACAGGAACGCACAGACUACCUUUGCUAAUCAUAGGGAAGUCUAAAAAUCCACGGUGCUUUAAGGGAAUAAAACAAUUGCCAGUCAUUUACAAGAAUCAAAAGAAUUCAUGGAUGGAUACAAGCAUUUUUAUAGAAUGGUAUGACACUGUGUUUAUCCCUGAAGUCAAAAAGCAUCAGCUUACAACUGGGAAUUCUGGAAAUGUUUUGUUGUUGAUUGAUAGUGCCCAAAGUCAUCCCUCAAACAUUUCACUGGAAAGAGAAAAUGGAAAGUUUAAAGUUGUUUUCUUGCCUCCCAACAUUGCGUCAGUCCUACAACCGAUGGACCAGGGGGUCAUUGAAAGCUUCAAACGUUAUUACAGAAAGGCAUUGCUACAUAUGGUACUGAUUGGGGAAGAAUAUGAAAAAACAAUUCGGCAAGUGUACACUAAAAUUAACUUGAAGGAUGCUAUGUACAUGGCAGCAGAAGCUUGGGCUACUGUCAAGGACACUACACUAGCAACAGCUUGGAAUAAGCUCCUACCAUCAUAUGGUUCUAUCAUUGCACCUGAAGAACCACCAAACAGCCAAUUUGUAUCACAACUGUUUGGGCUGAUUAAAGAACGUUCUGGAUUUGAAGAAUGUGAUGAAGAAAACAUUCAAGACUGGCUCAAAUGUGAUGUCGAUGAUCGUGGCUAUCAAGUAUUUUCAGAUGAUGAAAUCGUUGCCAGUAUCAUUGACAACCAACAAGAGCCUAGUGAUGAUGAAGAAGAGCCUAGUGAUGAUGAAGAAGAGCCUAGCGAUGAUGAAGAAGAGCCUUGCGAUAAUGACCAUGCUGAAAAAUGUCCAUCCAGUGAGGAAGCUUUUCACUGCCUUGAGACAGCUAUAAAGUGGUUAGAACAACAAGAAGAAUGUGAUGCUGUCCAAUUGCUGCUGUCUUUAAAACGUGUGCGAGAUUUAGCAGCAAGAAAACGGGACUCAGCUACGAAGCAAAAGACAAUUUUGGACUUUUAUCCUAAACUGUAGGCCUAUUUUAUGUAAGGUAUGCAUUUGUAAGACAUGUAUAUAAAAUAUAUACAGUACAGUUUUGUGUUUAAUAAAUUUUUUUCUCAAAUUAUCAGUUAUCAGAACAGUCCUGAAUUAUUUCGGAUAAUCAAUAAUUUACUGUAGUUAUUUUUUAAGGUGGUACAGUACAUUAUAAUAUAUUAGUAUAUCAAACAUUGUGAAGCCCAGCAUGUAUAUAGAAACAUAACCAAACAAUCACCUUAAAUAAUCAGGCUAUAACUCUGCUAAUUUAAUGAUUAAUACUAAACUUUAAUCCAUACUCAGAUUCAAAGCAUAUUGUAUAUCAAAUACACCUUAUUAUUGAGAGACUUUGUUUAUUACAUUGAACAAACAUUUUCAACCCACUCAAUGGGUCAUCAUCAGGUUAUUGAUGCUAUCCGAACCUU